AUGUCCGGCAAGAUCGACUACACCUUCGCGCACGGCCCGAGCUCCCUCACGCCCUCCGCCCCGCCCAUCACGCCCUCGACCAUGUUCACACUGGCCUCGCUCACCAAGCUGAUCACGGCGCUCUGCAUGCUCAAGCUGGUCGAGGACAAGAUCCUGGAAAUCGACGAGGACGUGACGCGGUACCUGCCGACGCUGGGCAAGCAGCCGAUCCUGACGGGGUUCGACGCGCAGGGGCAGCCGACGUACGCUCCGCGCCAGACGCCCGUCACGCUGCGCCACCUGCUGACGCACAGCGCGGGGACGGGCUACAUCCUCAUGGAGGAGAAGCUGGCCAAGUGGGCGCGGGCGACGGGUCGGCCGCUGCCCGUGCCGCUGCGCCAUUCUCCGGUGUCCGGGGGCAUGUCGGUGGAUACGCGGUUUGGGUAUCCGUUGUUGUUUGAUCCCGGCCAGGGGUGGGUGUAUGGGAGUGGGUUGGAUUGGGCGGGGAGGUUGGUGGAGAAGUUGACGGGGGCGUUUUUUGAUGAUUAUAUCUAUGAGAAUGUGCUGAGUCGGGUGGGGGUGCCGAAGUUGGCUCUGACUUUCCACCCUGGUCGGUUUGAUCAGCCGGUUUAUGAUGUUAUGGCGGGCAUGGCGGUGCGGAAUGCCGAGACGGGCAAGCUGGAGCAUAAGGAGACGGAGUAUGAUGAGGACAAUGAGGGGUUUGGUGGCGAGGGGCUGUAUGGGGGGAUGGCCUCGUACAUGAAGGUGAUGCACUCGAUCCUGAUGGACGAUGGCAAGAUCCUCAAGCCGGAGACGUUGAAGUGGCUGUUUGAACCGUUGCUGCGGCCGAUAGAGAAGGAGGCCAUGAACAAGGCGAUGGAGAACCCUGACUGGGCUGUCGGGCACAUCCCGAGCGGGAUUGACUACGACUGGAGCGCGGGCGGCCUGCUGUCGGUGGACGGCGAGGGGCUGGGACACAGGAAGAAGAAGUUCUUGCAGUGGGGUGGUGCGUGGAACAUGUGCUGGUUCAUUGACCGCGAGGCGGGUGUGUGUGGUCUGGUUGGCACCCAGGUCUUCCCGCCGAGUGAUCCGCAGGUCCGGGCGGUUAUGAAGGAGUUUGAGGAGCUUGUUUACUCGAAGCUUUAG